GGCGAAUGUAUUCAGACAAUCGAGCUCAGACAGCUGAGAGAGAAGUUGUCAUGCUUGCCUGACUUGAAUUUUUUUUUUUGCCUGACUUGAAUUUUGAGACUUGAAUUUUUUGUUGUCAAUGGAUUCCUGAAAAAGAUUUACCAUAAGAUCUACGUAUAUCAUGUUUCUUGACAACAUACAAAACGUCUGGAAUGCGUCUCCUGUAUCAGUGGCAAUAGCAAUAGUAAUCGUAUUUCUAGGAAUCAUACUUUACUACAAUAGAGAUAGAAAUUUGCCUCCAGGACCUACUGGUAUUCCCAUCUUGGGUAUUUAUCCAUUUCUGAGCAAUGAAAAAUGCCACCUAGAACUAGACGAAUAUGGGAAGAAGUAUGGUAGCCUCUAUAGCUUUAGAGUGGCUGAACAAUUAUACGUGAAUUUGGGAAGUCCAAAACUCAUUCGAGAAGUCCAUGUGACAAAGUCAGAGAUUUUUAGCAACAGGCACAAUGAGUUCAACAUAUUUGCAUAUGUACUGGAUGAAGGUGUUCCUUUCAUUAAUGGCGAACCAUGGAAAGUUCUUCGAAAAUUCUUUCUUCAAAUUUUUAAAGACUUCGGGAUGAUUUCAUUAAAAGGGGAUAUGUCAGGUCCAGUUCAUGAGGUUCUGAAUUCUAUUAUCAAGGAUCUUCGAACGACAAAUGGGAAACAGAUCGAUAUUGUAGAUUUAUUAAUGGGCAAAAUCACAACUAUCCUAUGCCGGACGUUAUUUGGGCACUACCCUAUCUCUGAAGAGCAAAUACAGAACGUUAUUAAGCCCUAUAAAAUAGUCCUGGAUGCCCAAGGUGGAACACAUGCAUUUCUUUUCGGACGGAUAGCAAAAUAUCUGAUUUUCCGUUGGAUGCCUAAUUAUCGCCCAAUGGUUUCCAAUCAUAAACUUAUGGUGGAUGCCAUAUAUAGAAUUAUAGAUGACCACGAAAGCACGCUUGACGAAGAUAAUAUACGUGACGUAAUGGAUGCUUAUUUGAAGGAGAGAAAUGACCGACGACGAGAAAAAGAUCCCUCAGCCAAGUACUUCACAAGAAAAUCGCUAAUGUCAUCAUUCGCUCAGUUCAUCGGCGACAGUCUCGUUGUAGUCCAUGCCGUUGGAGCGUGUUUCCAUUCCUUGCUGGAGCAUCCUGAAGAGCAAGAUAAAAUAUAUAAGGAAAUUCUUGAAGUAGUUGGGCCUGACAGACAACCGAGCUUGGAAGAUAAAAGCAACUUAUCAUAUACUAAUGCUUUCAUAUUUGAAGUUUUCAGAACAUCUGAUUUCUUCCCAUUUUUUCCUAGUUUGAUGUCCACAAAAGAGGUAACCAUACAAGGCUAUAGAAUCCCUAAAGGAACGAUAGCUUUGAUGAACAUGUGGUCAGCUCAUCAUGAUCCGGAGGAAUAUGAAGAGCCUUAUAAAUUUGAUCCAUCACGAUAUAUAGUUAAACUGGGCAAAAAGAAACCAGAACUUCCAUUUACUUUUGGAAGAGGUAAACGGUCAUGCAUUGGAGAAGCUUUUACAAUGAUGCAUGUCUUUCUCUUCCUAACAAAUAUUGUAAAGAAUUUUCGCCUUUCGUUGCCCGAAGGAGAAGAAACCAAUACGUCUUUGUAUUCUCUGAAACUGAACUUAUGCGCAAAAUCAAGGUAACAGAAGUAGGAGAAAUGGACUUGAUGAAAUUGUUCAACUUUUUAUUUUUCCUUUUAACAUGUGUGUAACAAAUGUAAAACAUUUAAUUUUUAAAUAAACAAUUACA